CUAGAGGGAGAGAAUUGAUGAUUUUAGGGAGAGAGGCUAACUGCCUUAUGGUGUUUUGCUAAGCAUGAUGAUGGAAAUCAAAUUCAAUAUAAUAAUAUAUUGGAAUAUUGGUCGAGUUCUACACACAUAGCCUAUUACGCUCAGUUCUUCGCUAGCUACUUGAUGGCCUCGUCUUCAAGAAUGGGAUACCAAUCUCUCCCGCAGAACCUGUCGAGGGCAUCACUUCCACUUUUUCCCGUCAAAAUAAAAAAUAAAAACCCUAGAACCGCAAAGCCAGGCGUCCUGCAACUGGGAAAGCCUUUGGUCGUAUCCACCUCCAAAGUGGAGGAGAGGGGCGUAGAGUUCGAAACCGGCGACUCGUUCUUCCGUCACGAGAGCGCCGUCGGCCGUGACCUUGGCGUCCUUGCCGCUGCUCUCCAACGCCGCUCCUUGGGCGGUGGCCUCCGUGUCCUCGAUGCAAUGUGCGGCUGCGGCGUGCGCUCCAUCCGCUACCUCGUCCAAAGCGAGGCUGACUUCGUUUGGGCCAACGAUGCCUUCGAGGGAAAUCGUGGCCUCAUUGCAUUCAACCUCUCAUCUGUGGCUCCUAGGGUUUCUGCGGGAGGGGAAAGAAGUUGGGUGAUCACUCAUUAUGAUGCCAACAGGCUUCUCGUAGAGAGAUAUCUGCUGAGGGAUUACUUCGAUCUCGUUGACGUGGAUUCGUUCGGUAGCGAUUCUUCGUUUAUCAGAUCAGCGAUUGCUGCGGUCAAGACCGGAGGUUUGUUGUAUCUCACAUCAACAGAUGGUUUUUCUUCUGGAGGGCAUCGCCCUCAGCAGUAAGUAAAUAUUAUUUUAAUUCAUUACCACUUCCGCUAUUUUCUUCUCACAUAAAUUAUUUUUUCUUAUAUGUCGCGCACUAUACGGAAGCAGCAUUAUCCUCUUCGUUGAUGAUUGGCUGCGAUUAACACGGCUAAUUUUGGAUGGCAGUUUAUGCAAGGAGUAUACGUUAUUACACAUGUUAAAUUAUUUGCAAAAUUUGAAUCGCGUUAUCACGCUGCAACAAGUAUUGACCAUUGAGUGAGAAGUUUUGAGAUUUAGUCGGUUUGUUUUUAGUGAUGUCCUAAUUUAUAUUAUUGAAAGGAAAAACCAAUCAGGAUUCAGGCGUCCCUCAUGUCUUUCCUUGAAUAAAUUAUAAUUACCUACAUUG